AGGUCACAGAAAGUUGCAACGGCAGCUCGGCGCUGAGCACAGUGGCGCCUCCUUGCGCAUGUGUUUGCAGCUCUCUUUUUUCAUUCUUCUUCUGCUGGCGCACGUCUAUUGUGUCUUGUUUAUUUGUGAGCAUUUAUGUCAUUUCCCAUGGAGGACACGAAUACACAAGCACGAGCCACGCACUGCGCACACGUCGCUGUAUUCUCUCAUCGAGUCUUUCUGAAGCCGUCACUCACCACCUUUUAAGAACCAUGUUCGAGUACAAUAAUUCUGUGAAGGCACUCCUUCAUCUUCUAGUCCAUAAAACUUUAAAGUACUAGAGAAUGAAAUUUAAAAUAACUCUCCGCUGCACCAAUCAAAUAGUAGUGUAUUAUCUCCUUCUUAUUUCCGUUUGUAUGUUAAUCAUUUAACACACGCACACACAUAUAUAUAUACACGCCACUAAUAUGGGUGAGCGUGCGGGUGCGUAACUACGUACUCAAGUGGCUUUCUGUUCCCUAGCUCAUACAUACAUAUAUAUAGAGAGAGAGAUAUCUAUAUGCGUGUGUUUGCCCGUUUGUUUUUCCGUUUUUACGAAAUCGCAUUUAAAAGCUAAAUGAUACACCAGAACGAAACUAUCGCAAAGCAAAAAACAAAGCAGAGCUGUCCGCGCGACAGGCACCGUCAGCGUAUUUACUAAUCAUCGUAUUGCUUUCUAUUUCUGUUGUUGCUGUUGCGCGCUCCGUUCUUCGCGUUCCCUCUCGCUCUCUGUGUGAUAACAAGUGGGAAGUCUACACUGCCUUGUGAAGUGGGAGCGACGUGCCAGCGCUCUCCCUUCGGCGUCCUCUUCCCCCUUCUUUUCUUCUCCCCGUCUGCCGACGCGCUACUUCAACUUCUGAACGGAGGCUUCAAUUGCUUUUCUCCUCCCUCCUCCCCCCUGUCUCUCGCUCCUCGCUGUGAUGGCGGUUUGCUUCUUCCUCCUCCUCUCCUCGCGUUACAACGAAUAGCUAACUCCGUCUUUGUCCACUCGCCUACAGUCUUUCUCUCGUCUUUCCUCCUGCCUUUUGUGCUACUCCACACUAUUUUUUUUUUCAAGCCCCUCCCGCGGUGACGCACGCUUCGCAUUGCAGCAGCAUGUCUCACCAAGCCAGCAACCGUCACGCCCCCGACGUGCAAUCCUACGCGCCGCAGCGUGAGGAGUACUCGGACCGCGCCAGCGGCUCCAUUGCGCAGGGGAACAUGAACACGUACACAGCGACGACGACGACGGCAAGAAGAGAGAAGCACCAUGCACACAAGCACAGCCGGUCGCAGCGCCGCGGUGGCUGCGGGGGCGUCUUCCAGUGCCUGGGUCAGGCGGCGCUGCGCGUUGUGCACACGAUUGUCCCGCCGGGUGGCAUUCUGUCCGGCGCCUUCAACAUGGCGAGCGGGUCCAUCGGUGCGGGAAUCCUGGGCCUGCCCUCCGCGGGCGACUCCGCCGGUCUUGUUCUUGGCGUCAUCUACCUUGUCAUCAUCACGUACUUCUCCGUGUUCUCCAUGUACAUCCUUGCCCUGGCGGCGCAGAGCACCCGCAUCAAGAGCUUCGAGGGCAUGGCGCGCUGGCUGUUCCCGUACGGGAACUACGCCUUCUCCUACUGGGCCGCGUUCAUUCGCUGGUUCCACGCCUUCGCCGGAUGUGUCGCGUACAUCAUCAGUGUCGGGAACUGCCUGGGUCCCAUCUUCGACGAUGCCAAGAAGCGCCACCCGGGCAACAGCGCCAUUGAGUUCUUCGCCACCACGCAAGGCCUGCGUGUGCUGACAGUGGUUAUUUGGGCGUGCAUCAUGCUGCCGAUGGUGGUGCCGAAGCACAUCGACUCCCUCCGCUACGCCUCCGCCUUCGCCAUCACCUUCAUGGUGUACUUCGUCAUUGUGGUGGUCAUCCACAGCUGCCGCCACGGGCUGCCCGAAAACGCGAAGUAUGUGAUGCUCUCUGGCAACGAAAAGGACGACGCUGAGCUGACCGUGAACGCGGUGUUUCUUUUCCGCACCGGCAACUCCGUCAUUCAUUCCGUCGGUGUGUUCAUGUUUGCCUACGUCUGUCAAGUGAACGCUUAUGAGAUAUUUUGGGACUUCAGGCCGGAGAUUCGCACGACGAAGAACUACACCUGGUCGGCGCUUAUCGGCAUGCUGAUCUGCGGCACCCUCUACAUUCUCGUGUGCGUGUUCGGCUAUUUCGAUUUCGGCAGCGAGAACCUCCUCGGCAAGUCGCUGCUGCUGAUGUACCACCCGCUGGAGGAGGCGGACGUGAUGAUCGCGUACGUUGGCGUCAUGAUCAAGCUGUGCGUCGCGUACGCGCUGCUCACCAUCGCGGCGCGCAACUCGAUCUACUACAUGAUCGGCUUCCAGCACCGCUACCGCAACCGCCCCGACGCCGCGGUGACCUCCCCCGUUGGCUCCGAGGAGCUGGCGGCGCAGCGCAGCAGCGGCGACGACGUGGUGGCGAAGCCGGCGGGCGCGUCGGCUGCUGGCAACGCGGUGGUGGAUCAGGACCUGGACGAUGGCCUCGCUGAAGCGGGCUGCGGCGUGCCGACUGGCAAGAAGACCGUCUCGCAAGAUGUGGCGGACGAGGUGGCAGCGAACGAGGUGGACAGGGACUUCGAGGACAACACCACGGAAGACACCACCUACAUUGACAAUAUCCCGUUCUGGAAGCAUCUCAUUGUCGUGCUGUCGCUCUCCGCCGCGUCGCUGCUGUGCGGCCUGUUCAUCCCGAACAUCAACACCGUCUUCGGCUUUGCCGGCGCCAUCAGCGGCGGCUUCCUCGCCUUCGUGUUCCCUGCGCUCUUCUUCAUGUACUCCGGCAACUUCAGCGUGGCGCAGGUGGGCUGGUUCAUCUACCUCAACACCUACAUCCUGCUGCUCUGCGGUGUAGUUGGCAUUGUGUUUGGCACCGGCGGCACGAUCUAUGAGACGCUCUAG